GCCCUAGAUGAGAUCGCAGCUUUUGCUACUGCUGGUCCUCUUUUGGAGGAGUGAGUGGCUUCCUGUCCCAGAUACCGAGUGAGCUGCAGGUGCCCAGCUCGGUGACGGUGAGGGAGGGAAUGUGUGUCACGAUCCCUUGCAAGAUCCUUCUUUUCUCCUAUUUUCUGUCCCUCACUGCUAGCUGGUUCCGAGAAGGGGCAGACACUGCCAGAGAUAAGCCUGUGGCCACGAACGGCAGAGAUCGGGACGUACAAGCGGAGACACGAGGGCGACUCCACCUCCGCUUGUUUCCAACGAGACGGGAUUGCUCCCUGAGCAUCACUGAAGUCCAGAAAGCAGACAGCGGGAGGUACUUCCUAGAGGUGGUCAUUGGAAAGUCACAGGAACACAGUUAUUUGGAUUUUAAAGUUUAUGUGAAUGUGACAGCUCGGACACAGAAGCCAGACAUCUAUGUUCCCCAAACCCUGGAGGCUGGGCAUCGUGUGACCCUGAACUGCACAUUUCCUGGGGUCUGUAUGGAGGCGAUACCACCCAUCUUCUCCUGGAGAGGGGCAGCCCUUUCCUCCCAGGAUCCUGACCACGAGGCAACCUCUUCAUCGGAGAUCUCUCUGACUCCAAUGCCCCGGGAGCACGCUCCAACAAGCCUUCUCUCCAGACCUCGGUCUCUCAGUCCUAAAGUUGAUGACCUUUUCAGUAGUGAUCCCAGGAACUGGCUCUUACCUGUUUCUCCCGGAGAGAGAGAGACCCUCCUUCUAAUAUGCACUGUUGAUAGCAACUUAUCUGCCAUGUUCAGUUGGACUUGGGAAGGUCGAAUUAUGAACAGCUCUCCAGCCUCAGACUAUCAGACUCUGCCUCUGAAGCUGCCCAGUCUGAGAGUAAGGGACAGUGAGGAAUACUCCUGCCAAGUUCAGCACCCUUUCGGGACACAACAUGCCUCCCUGAGCCUCUAUGUACAGGCCCCAAUGCAGAAUAAUAGCUCUUGGCCAUUAAUCCCCACCCUGCUCCGAGGAAUCCUUAUGGGAAUAGGUAUUCUUCUCACUUAUGGCCUCACCUGGCUCUAUUACACCCAGCCUUGCACACUGGACAGAGAAAAUGGUGCUGACCCGCACUAGAGAAAGUCACAAACUUGAGCAUGGAUGCCAGGGAGAGGUCAGGUUAGGAAAACACUCUAACUGGAGAUCCAUUGAGAUGGGUCAAUAGUACAUGACCAGAGGUCUAACCUUUAUGACAUUAAAAAGCCCUUAGCAACCAACCUAUAUCCAACAAAUCUUCUAAAUAACUCUUCAUCUCAUUUCCUUGUCUAACUCAAGUCAGAUAUGGGCUUCAUUUUUUCUGCCAGCUUUCAGCAGAUAAUGCUGCCCUCCUGUCCCCUUCCACAUCCUCUAGCCCAAGCCCAGAUGCCAUCUUCCAAUGGCUUAGAAAAAAGAAUAAAUGGCAUUUUUUUUCAAAUGUGCAAGUUACUCAAAGCUGGAAAGGAAUCAUAGACCAGGAAGUAAGAGAAUCCUGAUGCAGCUCUGCUGCUGCUGCUGCUGCUGCUGCUGCUGCUAAUGAUGAUGAUGAUCCUCCCUUUCCCUUGGUGUAGACAAUUCCAUUGCCUCUUUCAUAAAUCAGUGACUGAGGAGACCCUAGGCGUCACCAUGACCACUGAGAAGCCCAAGAAAGGAGUCAGGACUGAAAACAACCUCCACAUUAAUUUGAAGUUGUCAAGGCAAAGAGUAGUACUCUAGAGCAAAUGGAGGUUAAGAAACCCAACCACUUAGAAAGCCAAUGAAAGUCUAUUGUGAAGUUCAGGGCUUGUCAAAGAGGCAGGUGAGACUCUGAUUUGGUGGGUGGCCAGUCAAUCAUACCCACACACCUGGAGAUGGAUGAGGAAGAUUUCAAAUGCCUUCUUCUAGUCACAGACAUGGGACAUUUACUAGAUAGAGAACCUGCACUUUUACCCUGGAAUUGGGUUCCCAGGGAACACAAUACAUUUACAGUUAGAGAACUAAGACGCGAUUCAUCCUCUUCCUGCUGGCUGCAACAUCCUGUCCUCUUCAUCAAUUCCUUAUACUUUAGUCAUACAUAAACUGUCAUAUUGCAUGAGCAUAACCAUGAAUUUUCAAAGUCAUUGGUCGAUGGGACAUUUUGAUCAAUAUCAAGGGGAGAUGGAGAUGGGGAAAAUCAAACUGGUUCUGUGACAAUAUCCUUCUCUCUCUGAGGAGCACAUGCAUUCCAUUUUUCCUUCCCUGUAAUGAUGUUGCCUCUCACAUAGAGAUACUGAGAAGACUGCUUCUGGGAAAGACAUGAUAACAUAAGAAAGACAUGGCUUAGAAAGACAUUGGAGCAUGCAGAGACAUUCUGUAACUGGUUCUAGUCACCUAACUACUUGGUGAAUUGUGGACUCUUUAAUGAUCUACAGCAGAAGUGUCAAACUUGAAGCUGGCAAAGUUUAAGAAUGGGAUCACCAGAUUAAAAUAUAAUUAGGAAAUUUUUUAAAAAUUAAAAAAAAUACAAUGCAAUAUAUAUGA